UUCCCAAGAUGGCUGCCGCGCCAGGGUAGCUUGCCUCACCCGCCGCCAACCCCACAACACGGGAGCGCGCGCUCUAGGUAUAUAACUCUGUGGACGGAACACGCGGGAAAGCCGAACAGCUGACUGCCUGAGCUGAGAGGCCGAGGGGGUUUGUUGUCAACGUUGACACGCCCCUCUCUUCUCUUCUCGCCCCUGUCCACACACUGUUACCCUGCCGACGCCGCCUAGCUGUGAGAACAGAAUCUAUGGCUGUCUGUCCUGCAUUGGCACUCUACACCUGGUACCAUCAACAUAAGAAGAAAGAUCUGGGUGUGGGGCAGAAAGACUGGCUGCAGUUUCUUCAGGAGCAAGCUAAUCAAAAUGAUCAAAAGGAAUACAAUGCCAAAUCGUCAAUUAAGACCAAAAUAUGUAAAGGAACUGCAAAGGACGAGUGUGUCUUACAGAAAUUACAAGUGGAAAAGGAUUCCCAAGGAGACUUGGGGGACUGUGAGCAGAAGAAGCACCUGCAAGACGAAGGAAAUUCUGUUGAAUCUGUCAUUCCACACCACAGUGUAAAGGUCCAGUCCAGGAGACAAACAGAUGAACAGGAUGAGGUUUGGGACCAGUCCUCCAGCCACAGCCAGGAGAUGACAAGAGCCCAGCUUCCCCUCGGGGAGGCACCAACCACGCCAUUGUCGGCCCUUCUCAACACAUCGCUCAGCAGCCCUACUCUUUUGCUGCCUCUUGAUAACAACACUUCUUUGGAAGAGACAGCUUUGUACAGCCCAACACUGCCCUUGUGUGAUGAAACAUUCUCUCCUGCAAAGCGGGGAGAAAGUCCAAGGGACACCAUAAUGGAAAGCCUGGCUGGCAACUUGGAUGGAUCGGAGGUGUCAUGGAGCAGCGCCCUGGCCACACCCACCUCCAAUUCCCUCGGCCAAGUCUUGGAUGGCACCUCCCCCUCGACUCUUGAGCGCCAGACCCUCCAUCCUAGGCAGGGGCUACGUGAAAAUGUGUUAGCUCGUUCACUGUUCAGCCCACAGGCGUCUGGAGCCGCCGGUUCCUCAUCCAGUGGAGAGCUGAGUCCCGGCCUUGGCAUCAUCAGGUGCUUCUCUCCCGUGCCAAGGUUCAGCUGCAGACCUGUGUGCUCUGUGCAGGCACGGAGGCCCAGCUGUGGUGAAGACGCCAAUCCAGGCUGGCUGGAAGCUGGAACGCAGGGAUUCAGAGUAAAUUUCAGUAUUGAAGAGAAUGUUGCUCUUAAAAGAAAUGUAGAGGUCACCCUAAAGGAUAAUCUGGAAAUGAAAACAGUAACUGAAAGUGGUGCACACUCACCUGAUCGACAAGUAAACAUUUGUGCUGGGGUUAGGCCAGACCAAACCAGCACACCAGCUCAGCCUCGACCUGUGAGAGCAAGGCACUUAAUACUUGCUGCUCAGUCGCCAGAGUCUCCAGGCUUCGUAGAGCCCAUCCCACAUGCCCGAGGGAUUAAGAAAAACGAGAGAGUUCAGGAAACUGAUCCACUUCCAGAUACAAAAGAGAUGGACAAGUUGAAUGAAAAAGUAAUUUAUAGUGAUGGUCUUGCAAAUGACACAUCAGAUGUUGAUGAAUAUUCAUAUGGAUCAGCAGAAGAUCCAUUUGAUAUCAUAUGUUCACCAGUAAGCAAAGUAAAGAAGAAAAGGAAAAAAAAGAUAAGUAACAGUAAACUGACUUCAGGAAAAUCAAACCAGAAACUAGAGAAAAAUAUUGAUGACAACAGUCUUGUUGACGAAGGCAAUGAGAAAACCAAACAGAAAGCUAUCCCUGGGGGCACGCUGAGCAGCCACAGUGGGAUGGUUUCAGGUGCCUCUUCCAACAAGAAUCUACACCAAGAUACAGGCAAGGGCACUGAGUAUAACAAGUACAAAAGAGAAUCUUCUUGUAAAGCUAAAAAUAAUAUUGCAGAGGACAUUAACUGUAAGUCAGAAUACUGUAGCAAAGAACAUCCACCUGAAACAACAGAUUGUGAGGCAGUCAAAGGUUUAACCUCAAAGCCUAAUACAAACCUUACCUCUUCCCCUUCUGGAAAGCAUGUUGCUGCAUUGGUUGCUAAGACAGAGACGGGAAAUUUGCUAGAAAAUACCAACAAAGACAAGGAAGACCAUGUAAUGAUUACCCGUGACAGUAGAAAGGAUAUUUUUUCAGCACAAAUCUCAGAACAACAGAAGAGAAAAAGUACAGACACAUUAUCUCUGUAUAAGAACAAGAGAAUCUCAAGGAGAUUUGUGUAUCCAGUUGACCUGAGUAAGCCCCAUGUAGAGUUGAAUGUUUCACACACAAAAACUGGAAGAAAGGGAAAGGGAGGAAGUAAGCCAGCAUCACCAGGCAGGAAAGGGGCCACCUGCAGCUCUCCAACUAACAGAUCAGAUGAAACACGACAAAAUGAGGCAUCCGUGCCACUUGGUCCAGAAACAUCUUGUGGUACCCCAGCCAAUAGAUGUGGGGAUGAAAAGGGAACUGAAACAGCAGAGCCUGGCAGUAAAAGAGUCAUGUGCAGUAGUCCAAACACACCAUUCAAACCAAAGGAGCAACUUGAUGUGAUAGCACACAAGCAGAAGAAAUUCCUUCCUCUUGCCAGUUUAGGUCAAAUUGACACUUCUGAGGCAAGCUUAAGGUCUUCAGUUGAACCAUUAGGGGCUGUUGAGUAUGGACAUGAGGAAACAUAUUUGGGAAGUGAACAAGCACCCAUCACUAAGAAGGGAAAUGAAGGCAGUGAUCAUGCCCUUCAAGUAGUCCCAGUGGCUCCUAAUGCCAAAGGAAGCAUCAUGGAGGUCACGGGGAAGAUCAGCGCCAGUGGUAGCACAUUAACAGAAAAUAUGGAUGACAAAUACAACUGUACCUCCAAAAAUACGGAAAUUAGUUUCAUGGCAAGCAGUUCUGAUUUGGCCAAUGUUGCUCACUCACUUGUAAUAAAGAACCAAGAGGCGGAGUGCAACACAGACCUCCUACAGCCUCAUGUCCCUCAGAUUGGUGCAGUAGGGAAUCCGGCCACCCAAGGACCUGAGGGAGAAGGGGAGGAGGAGGUCUCUGGUGCACCGAACAACCAGGUGAUCAGUGAUACUUUCAGUGACAUUGACUUUUCUGAUAGUGAUUUUGAUAUUUCUAUUCCAGUAAGAGAGGAGGGUGUUGGAGGCGAUCAUGAAAACAUAAAGGCAAAGGAGGGAAGCAAUCAGUCCUUAGAUGCUGCACCUAAAGAGAAAGUCAGUGGAGAUCUGUUCAGUGAAUGCCACUCAGAUAAAAGUUCAGGUUUUAAGGGAUUCAUAACUGGCAGUGGAAAACAAGUCAAAAUUAGUGAAAAGGCUCUCCUGGAGGCUAGAAAAUUCUUGGAAGAAGAGUUGAAUGAAGAUGGAAGCCUCUCACCUCAUCAGGUUCCACCAGGAGAGAAAGGAGAAGCAAGGCAUUUAAGUGGUAUGCAUAAAACAUCAAACUCUAAUCAGUGUUCUGCAUCAAAAACUGGAUCUUUAAGCUUGGCCUCCGAUCUGUCAGCAGCAAGUAGUGCAGGAGUAGUAGCAGAAGUGUUUGUCACGCCCCACAUAGGCAACAAAUUAAAUGUACUGGAAGUUGCAAAUUCACAAGUUAUUAAAGUAACAAACAUAAAACAUCCACAAACUAAGGAUACAGCAUUCACAGAUGUAUGCGAGAGCUCUAGGAGACAUACCGUGGAUGGUAGCGUUACUCAGUCAGUCUGCUCAAAGCUUAAGAGCACAUCUGAUGACACAGCUUCAGAGGCAGAAAGGGAAGGGAAGGAGACCAUAGAGGCAGUAAAGUUGCACUGUGCAGAAAGUACCAUGUUCAGUGAAGAAGUCAAGCCACCAGAAGAUACUCAAACUAUUAGUAAGUCAGCACAAUCAAAAGCCAAUACAUUUCACGGCUUUUGCACAGCUGCUGGAUCAAAGGUAACGAUCAGCAAAGAGGCAGCAUGGAGAGCACAGUUGCUUUGGGAAGAGGUGGAUGCAAAUAUGGAGCUUAGUUUGAAUAAGGAAGCCAACAUGCAGUGUGAGCAUAAUGUCUUAGGAAAUGAACAGAGUGGAAGGUUGAAAAACUCAGCCACUCCCACAGAGCUGAGAAAAGGAGACAGACUUGAUGGCAGUGAGAGAAGUGAGCUGAGUGAGACCAAUAACAAAACCAAUGGUGCAUUAAACAUGGAAGUGGGGUUCCACACGGCAAGAGGAAAGAAAAUUUCAGUUGAUCAAACCUCCAUCACACAAGCUCAGUCAUUAUGGGCAGAGGCUGCUAGCUGUGAAGCAACAAUACCUGGCACUGAAGGAGCUCCAACACACCUGAGUACAGCCAGUGAUGGUAAACACUUUGUGCCAGUGAAUGAGGGGUUCAGCACAGCAAAAGGAAACAAAAUAGCAGUGAAAGAGUCCUCCAUCACACAAGCUUACUCAUUAUGGAAGGAGGCAAUCAGUUGUGAGGUAGCAUCACCUGGUCAUGAAGGACCUAAAAAGAAGCCAAGGAUACCCAGUAAGCCUGAACAUUAUGGAAAGGUAUUGUGUAAGAGGGUGACAAGUAAAUCUGAUGGGCAAUCUCUUGAGGGCAUGAAAUCAGCAACCAUUUCGAAUAGUGUUCAAACAAGCCCUAAAGAUCGAAAUUCAUUAUCUGAAAAAGCUUCUGACAAGAAAGUUCCAGAACUGCAGGGCAGGGGAAAUUUUUCAAACACCUUUACAGAAUCCAGUGAAAGGUGUAUUGAAGAUAGCAGAAGGGUGUUCUCAAGGCCUGCAGGCAUGCCCAUGGCAGCUGGCAUUGGCUCUUCAAUUGCAAGUGAUGUAAACAUCAGAAGUGAAAACUUUGCAAUCAAAGCAAGAAGACUGUUUGAAGAUGAUAAACCUUUGCAGUCUGGAAGUGGAUGCCAGUCUCCAACAUUAGUUACCCAAAACAGAAACAAUUGUAAAAGUUAUAAAAAAAAUUAUACUCAUAAUGAGAAGGGAGACACUGUAGAAGGAUCACUUAUGAAAGUGUCUGAGAAUGUUGAAAGUGGACCUAAAACUAGUGGCCAGUCAUUGCAAAUUAAUCCUCUUAAUAGUGUUAUAAAACAGGAUUCUGCAUGCCACCUGUCUAAUCCGGAAAACAAUAGUACUUUGGACAGGCCACUGGGUAAGGAAGGAGUGAAAGCAGAUGUGAACCAGAGCAUUGAACUUAAUGCUCAUCUUAACACAAUAGAGGGAAAAUUAUUGGAAGGAGUGAGUCAGAAAAUGAAAGUUGGUCAUCCGGCAAAAUCUUGUAACAGUUAUGAAAGCAUGCAUAAAGGAAAUGAUUUUCAAAAGGCUGAGACUGAAUUUUGUGGUUUUCUGACCGGCAAUAAAAAGCAAAUUAAAGUCACCAGUGAAUCUUUACAAGUAGCUAAACAGCUGCUGCAGGAGUGUGCCAGCAAUGAAGGCACUCCUGAGAAGGCUGCCAAACCUUCAUAUGAGAUGGAGAAAAGUUACAGCAGCACUGAUGAUAAGCAAGUUACAACAGUUGAAUCUUUCAUGGCUGUGACUGAUCACAAUGGAGGCACUGUCAGUGAGAGUCAUGAUGCUGUACAUGGGUCACCUAUCCUAGGCUCUCAGAAAAGAAGUAAAGGAAAAAAUGUCAAAAGGAGAUCUUACGUCACUGCUUGCCAAGAAUUACAGGAUGACUUAGUCAACAGCCAUGAAAUACUAGAUAUCUCAGACAUCACUGAGGCUUUUCUGAAGGACCAACUUUUGGACCCUGAGGAGGUUGCAAAAGGCUCCAUCAACCAGAGGAAAAGGUCUCGGGGACGCGGUCAAGAUGAAGAAGUCUCACUCAGCAAAAAGACGCGGAGAAAUGUGAUCAUCAGUCAGCAUGAAGGUAUGAAAGCAGCCUGCGAUGAAGCAGAGACGUCAAGGAAUCUCGCCCAGAAACAGCAGGAGAAACUCGUGCAGAGCAAGGAGAGACAAGCAAUUCAACCUAUCCCGGGGUUCUUAUACAAGCUGAGGAAGGAGAGGAAAGAGGAGAGGAUAAAGCUGCAGUCACUUGGCAGCCUGAAGACUAAUAGGAAGAGCAGGCCAGAGGCACUGGGGGUUGCUUUCAGCAGUGCCGCACAGUACCGCUUUGAGGUGCCGGAUUCAAGGUGUGGCACUGUGGACUGUGGUGAUGGGUGUGUGGUGGUGCCUGGCACUGAUGGCUGUGCUGGGGUGGAGGAAGUGGAGCUUGGGUUCCUGGUGAUGCCUGGUGUUCACCCAGGCCUUCUCCCUCCCUCCUGGGUACCCAACCACUACCACCUCAUUGUGUGGCAGCUGGCUUCCAUGGAAAGACGACUGCCUGAUUGCGGCCAAGCCUUGACACUGAAGAAUGUUGUUGCCCGGCUCAAGUACCGUUACGAUCGAGAAAUCGACAGAGCAGAGCGGUCCAUAUUGAGGAAGGUCACAGAGCAAGAUGAUGUGCCACAGAAGACGAUGGUCCUCUGCGUGACAAAGGUUAAGAUGGACUUUGAGGUUGAAAGGAAAGAGGCCGUGAAGUCCUGCACUGCAGACACGAGUUUGCAUCCAUUGUUGGAGCUUACCGACGGCUGGUACAGAAUAGGUGCUGUGGUGGACAAAGCCAUGGUGCAGCUCAUAGGAGAGGAAAAGGUGAAGGUGGGCACCAAGCUCGUUCUCCAUGGUGCUGAGCUGGUUGGGGCAACUUCCCCGUGCCACCCCUUGCAGGCCACCUCCACGUUAUGCCUUCAUCUCCACACCAAUAUGACUCGCCGAGCUCGGUGGUGGGCCCGCCUUGGCUUGCUGCCACAGAGAGGGCCAAUUCCCUCUCUCAUUGAGAACACUUUUUGUAACGGGGGCCUCGUGGGGAAGGUGAAUGUGAUGGUGGCGCGCCUCUACACUCUUUACUAUGAGCCUUCACAAGGGUUGUACAUGAGUGAAAAGGCUGCCUUGAAAAGGCUUCAGGAAACUGAAAAAGAGAGAGAGAGGACAAUUGAGCAGAUUACAGCAGAAGUGGAGAAAGAACUUUACCAACAAGAAAAAGAGGAAACAACCAAGAGGGAUUGGCGAACCAUGAACCCCGAGGAGAUCAGAGGCCUCACCCAAGGUCAAGACAUCUCUCGCCUACUAAAUGAGACUGCAGAUCCAUCAAGCUUAGAGGGUCUUCUGACUCUGCAUCAGCUACAACUGGCAAGAACCUGGCGGGAGCAGCACGCUGAGGGGGCCCGGCGCAGGCUGCAUCAGGAGGUGACACGCCGCCUCGCAGAGACAGAGAAACCUCUUGAAAUAGUGCCUCUGAUGAAGGUUCGAAUCAUUGAUGGCAAGAGAGAUGGAGCGCUAGUGACUGUGUGGAGACCCUCUUUGGAGUUCAGGGAGAUGCUUGCAGAGGAGUCCUACUUUAUAAUACAUUACUUGAUGGCUGUUGGGUUCAGGUGGGGCAGCAGGCAGUUUAAAUCCACUCGACAAACCAAGUGGGAGCGCUCCAUGAGAGGCCCAUUACUGUGGCGAUCAGAGUAUGCUCGCUCAGUAACUCCUUUGUGCCUCACCAACCUAGGAGAGCUGAGACCCCUGUGGCAGGAGGUGGAUGUGACUGGCGUGGUGUUGAGAGUUGGGAAGCCCAACACUAAGUUUCAGGCGGUACACCUCGUAGAUCACCAUCUCAAUAUUCUGGCAGUCCAUUUCUGGGGUGGUUUAAAGAGCUGUGGUUAUGCAGACACUGUUGUUGAAGGAGCUCUGGUGUGCCUCAUGAACUGUAGCUGGAGAGGACACAAGGGCAGCAGCAUUGGUUGCAUACACUUCACAGAGUUUAGCAUUGCCACCUGCUCCUUCCAGAUCUCAUCUUGUUGAAGCAUCUGAUCAUCUUCGCAGCAGCA